AAGGUCCACAGUUGAAGUAAGCGCUGAACCCUCUUCUGCAAUUGACGGUUUUAACGCCGAAUAGGAGCUUGAGAGGUUAUACUCAGUAUCCAAUCACACUGCAGCACCCAGAAUCUUUGUACAGUACAGUAGAGAGCUGGUGUCCAGAUCAACAAGCCACUAUUUUGGAAGCUGUUUGACAAACAGUCACUGUUCUUCAGUUGAUGUCAGUCGCUAUCGGCGUUUCCAGCAAGACGUAUCGCGCGUUAAACCGGCGCAAAACUACCCAGCCACAGCUCUAAACCGAAAAGGUUGGAUGACAUCGUCGGCUGAACUUUAUAUCACAUAGCUCUUUUUUUAUAUAAAUAAAUUUCACAAGGCAAGUGUCUAGCAACUGUAGAUGCUAACGUUCUUUUUUCACUGGCCGAAGCUUUUCCAAAUACAACACAGAUAGCAAGAACUUUCCAUAUUUAAUUUGACAGCUUGACAUUGGCGCUAACGUUAGCCAGCCUUUUUUUUCGCCAAAUAGAGCAAUUCGCGGAUUAUUUUUGUAUGUUACACAGCCUUUCGUUUUGUUUGUAUCAACAAGCCGUCUUUUCUCGAAGAGCCACCUAUAAAGCUGACGAUAUUUAGCUGAUAUUUUGAUUUAAAGGGGAACAAAGUAACCUUAGCUCCUGAAGAAGUGUUAUUAGUGUCAGCCCUCACUAGCCAGCUAACACCAUAUCCUUAAUUUAACAACCACGGAGGAAGUUUGGCUUUUCGAACUGACUGGUGCUGCAUUCAAGGCCUUUAACUUUUAAAUAUCCAGAUUGACAGUGAAGGAGCAACUCUGUAACGCUCUCUCUGGCUCUUUAAAAAUAAUAACUGACAGAACAGCGAGCUCCCUAAGUGUGAAAAAGAAGCAGGACCCUGAAGCAGUCUGUGUACAGCCACGGAAUUCCUUUUCGGAUUGUUAAAUUAUCAGUGUUAUUGUUUAAAAUGGCGGCGAUCGGAAUGGUGCAGAUGUUGAUCGAAGCAGCCGAGUACCUUGAUCGCAGGGAACGAGAAGCUGAACAUGGCUAUGCCUCAAUGCCGCCGUUCAUCAGCAGCCGGGAGAGGGAAAGUUUGAAAAGGAAAAGCAAAAGCAAGAAAAACACAAGUAGCAGGUCUACACACAACGAAAUGGAAAAGAACAGACGGGCACAUCUACGACUGUGUUUGGAGCGCUUGAAAUCCCUCGUUCCCUUGGGACCAGAUGCUAACAGGCACACCACCCUCAGCCUGCUGAUGAAGGCCAAAGAUCACAUCAAGAGGUUGGAGGAGAGCGAGAGGAAAGCUCAGCACACUUUGGAGCAGCUACAACGGGAGCAGAGACACCUGCAGAGGCGUCUAGAGCAGCUGGGAGUGGAGAGGACCCGCAUGGACAGCACCGGCUCCACUCGGUCCUCUGACAAGUCCGACUCUGACCAGGAGGACCUGGAUGUGGACGUGGAGGGGACGGACUACCUGCUGGGUGACCUGGAGUGGAGCACCAGCAGCGUGAGCGACUCAGGGGACGAGCGAGGCAGCCUGCGCAGCAGCUGUAGCGAUGAGGGCUACUCCAGCGCCAGCCUGCAGCACAUGCAGAACACUCAGGAGAAGGCUAAGCAGCUGGGCUGCAGCCUAUAAACAGCACUGGUCACUGACCCAGCACCCACCUCUUCCCCUCAGCCCCCUCACCACUCCUUGGUCCCACUCCGACCUCACCUCCCCUUCCUGCCCCUCUUCCUCCCUCUUUACCAGGACUGACCAAGUCUGAGGCCUCUCCUCCAGCUGGGCCUCCGCAGACUUCCUGUCUGCACAGUGACUUCCAUUCAGACUGCAACACCUCCGAGACAUCCAGCCCAUCAUCAGCGGUCAGUCUUUAGGGUGUCCCCCGCUCUGCUCCGCACCGAUAAUACGAGCGGGACGUCAAAGACACUCCACCCCCCCCAACCAUCCCCACCCCCAUCUGACAAAAAAACAAAACAAAACACAACUUUCAGCCAGAGAAUGUUACCACACAAUGUCCCACUGCCUCUUUUUCUAUGCCUCAAGAGCCAUGGGAAGCACUUAUGAGAUUUCACCCAUACUUCACACACAUAACAUCAACUCGCACGUACACACACAGACCGCUCCAUCUCUCCCAAAGGUGUGAUGCUGACAGGGUGCGGGGCUUUUUUUGUUUGUUUUUUUGUUUUUGCGGCCUGCACACCGGUCGACCGUAUGUGCAUGGUACUUUGCACUUAAAAUUGCUUUUUUGUAAACAAAACUAUCACCUUUUUCAAACACUGUCCCUUAGCAAAGCCCCACCCCGCCCCAACCCUCCUGCUGCAGCCAUGGCAGCAAUGCCACCAGAUGAACUGAGUGUUUGAAAAACAUGUCAGUCGGCAGACUUUGCGGACACUAAAAUAGAGCGCGCGUGUGUGUGUGUGCGUGUGUGAGAGAUGUUAAACUGUCGACAGCAAUACGUCCCUCAGUACCCGGGCUUUGACAGGCAGGCUCGCAGCUGCCCUGUAAUUUUUUGUCCGCGCCUGCCCUUUAGAGCAAAAAGUAACAGAAAAACCAACAAAAAAGAAAAAAACAAACAAAAAAAAUCGUGCAGCAUGAGAUUGUGACUGGGGAGGGUUUGAUUGUUUUUAUGCCGCUCUCUGAUGACAGGGCAUUUAUUUUACUUCAUGUUUUUUUCAAACAUCAUCCCUUUCUUAUGUGUGCUUGUCAUGGAUACUAUGAACACCAGCCACUGGGCCCAAUACUGGUACGCUCUGGCGGGUGUCGGUACGUUUUUGUACACUACUUCUUCACUGCCCCAUUCACCAGGUAUUAAACAGGAAGGGAAUCUACUGAGAGCACAUUCCACUUAUGUAAAGAAGACAGGCAGGUGAGGCUGAGAGCAUUAUUUCAUUAUUUCAUUGUUUUGGUUUGCAAGUGGAUGUUCCUGCCAGUUAUUUAUGUAGAGAGUCCAGUUUGAGAUGAAGUGAGUCACACGGAAAUACAAAUGGUCAGCUUUGACUUUUCAACGGGAACACACACACACACACACACACACACACACACACACUCUCUCUCACACACACACACACACACACACACACACACAUCUCUCUCUCUCUCUUUCUCUCUGCUCACAGCUAAACUAAAGCAGUUUUCUCUCCCUCGCCUUGCCUUCAUAGCUAUUUAUUGUUUUAGCAGAAAUAUACACCUUUUAAUGUAAAUAGUUUACAGAAAGAUGUGUCUAUCAGCAGAUGUAUUUAUUAGAUAAAUCUAUAGAUGAAUAUACAAAAAAAAUCUAUUUAAUUAGUUAUAGCUUAUGUUCUUCUCGUGAGGUUUAUUGAGAGUUUCCUAUAUGUAGUUUGUUUGCACAGCCUAGUCAAUCCAUAAAAUAUUGAGAAAUGUCUCUUUGUGCCUCGAGGCUUUAGUGUCUGUCUGAAUUCAGCACGGUGCUCCUAGGAAGUGAUUUCUCUGUGGCUGAUUCUGAUUUUUCUUUUAGCCAUUUUCAAAGCCCAUAAGAGAAGGAUAAUGGGACAAAAAAAUACUGAACAACUUAAAAAAGAAAAUGAUUAGAAAGUAGAAAACGCGAGAGGAGCAGGUGUCCGGGUAGAGCGCAAUGGCGUUGCCGGUUCACCUCCCAUCACCCCUUUCCCUCCCCCCACGCCUGUGCCUCAGACAAAAUGGCUCUUGAGCCUUGUGAGAUUUUUUUUUCUUCUUCUUCUUUUUACCCCUCCUCUUCCUCCUCCUCCUCCUCCUCUUCGCGUUUGGUUCCCAGUCAUCACGGGCAGGGACAGGAGGCAGAUCUGUUGUCGUUUCUUCUGAAUGUACGCGUUAUCAACCCCUGCAGUCGUAGCAGCACGGUGCCAAAAGAAGCUCCCUGCGUGUUGUGCAUGCGCCACUUGCAGAUCUCAGUUUAAAGCAUGACGAUGGUACGCCCAAAAAACCAAAAACACAAAAAAAGAAAAAAAAAAAAAAAGGAAAGCAGAAAAAUAGAUAUGAGAUUGUUUAGUCGUUGAGUGUCGAACGCUGCUUAUUUUUGUCCAAACGGAGAGGGACUGUGCAGCCACGCUAACCAAGUGGGGGUUGGGGGGGUGGGGGUAUUGAAAAGUAGGUGUGAGUGGGCAGGUGUGUUCACUGAAAUGCCAUCUGUCGGUGCAUACGUGUGUACAGUAUGUGAGCAUGUGUGUGAGUUUACUGCAUUAUUGUCUUCAGAGAUAUAUUUUUUGGGGCAGUAGAGGGCGGGUGAUUUUAAAAACAUUGUAAAUCCAUGUUUCUGUUUAUUUGUUUUAUUUGAAGAAGAGCAUUAAUGUCUUUCUGUGGUAGCCACCAUUUUUUUUCUCUCCUCCCCAUCCAUCGCCUCAUUUCUGUCUUCCACUAAUCUCUGUGUGCGUGCGUGUGUGUGUGUGUGUGUGUGUGUGUGUGUGUGUGUGUGUGUAUUUGUGCCAUGCAACCAUGUGUGAGCAAUACACCCUCCUCCACGUGCUGCGUUGGCAUCAGUGGUUCAGGCAAAGUGUGUGUGUGUGUGUGUGUGU